AUGUUUGUGUAUUUCCAGAAAACUCCUCCAAGCCCAUGUGGAUUCCUUCAAGGAACAUUAAACUUCAACAUGGAUCUGAGGGAGGAAUUGAUGAGACUAAUGAGGACCUUGCACCUGGAGCCUUGUCUUGUACCUGUGGCUGCAGACAAUCGACUACUCCAGCCAAAGACAGCAGUAGCCCCAAGCAACAUGCUGAAGAUAAGGAAUGGAAGGAGAACAAGACAGACAAGACAGAUGACAAACAGUCCGCAGAUGACCUGGGGUACGGUAAAGAAGACAGUCCAGAAAGCUCAGCGAGUUUGUGAGAAAACAAGAACCCUGAGAACACCUGAGAAUGUUUUCCUUGCCAUGCUAGCAGUGAUCAGUUGUGCAAAGGUGCAGGUUGCCCUGGACAAAGCCAGAGAAGGAUGGACCUGCAUUGUCAUUGCCCACCAUUUGUCCACCAUCCCAAACUCAAAUAUCAUUGCUGUCAUGUCACAGGGGACAGUGAUUGAGAAGGGGACCCAUAAAGAACUGAUGUCCAAGAAAGGAGCCUACUACAAACUAGUUCCUUAG